AUUACAUUGUCAUAUAAGUUUUUGUCAUUUUUUUAUAUCAAAUUAUAAUAUAGUAUUAUACUAAUAAAAUAAAACUAUAAAAAUAUAUUUUUAUAAUCAAGUACAGAAAAAAAGCCCAUGGGAGAUGGUGACUCCAAAAAAGACUUUGAGCUAUGCCAACUAAAGAAUUCUCUUGUGCCGCUCAAAAAAGUCUGCACGAGAUAAAGGCUAGACAACAGCAACAAGCUAAAUCACUACAAGCGCAAUAUAAUCCUCCAUCUUUUUCAGGCACUUCAGGCUCACAAACUGCUCCGUUUUACGCACCAUCGCAGCCCCAGAAUAUAUCAGGUGUUAUAGUCCCUCCAAAAUCUCCACAGCAUUCGAAUUUCCAAUUUUCACCGGAACAAGCCCAAGAAAAAGGUUCCGCAAGUAACAGACCUGAUUUGUCGCCCAACAAAACACACCAAGUCUACUUUUCUCAAGGUACUGAUACAGGACCUCAAGCUGCCCAAGCAAUGGAAAACGCACAGACAUCUAAAAUGCGAGUAUCCAAAUCUGGAUUGUUAUACACUCUGCAUAUGAUCAGAGAACCGGUGGUCGAUUAUCAGGAAGCCAGGGGUGUUCCAAGAAAUGAAGAAGUUACCUUUGUAACGUUGGUCACAUCACUAUGUACCCAGGCGUACACUGCCGCCAUUACGAUUCUGGUAAUGCUGUGGAAUUUAAUGCCUCUGGUGGACGGACUGGUGUAUUUCUUACGUUUUUUCCUGGACAAAGUCAUCGAUAUCGUAGAAACAGAGGACAACAAGGACAGAGCUAUAAAAGGAGCCAUUCUUUUCGGCGAACUCACAGUGAUUUUGUUUCUAAUUUUUCUCAUAGUCGGGUUGAUACUGAUGCCGGUGUAUCAGCUCAUGGCGAGACUGUUUAGUAAAGUGUUUUCGAUGGUAGCGUGGUAAUAUUUUAAAAUGUUAUAUAUUCAAAUAAAAAGACGUACUUAUCUGUA